GUUUUCUCCGGAAACGGAAGUGCGCAGGUACCAGUGACAGGCACCGUGACAGUCAGGUCCUCCUCGUAGCUCAAGCUCGGAUAUAGUGCGGGUAGCAGUGGGCUUAUUACUAUUCCAGUACAACAGAAAUGGCGGCCGCGGAUCCCCGCUCCUCGAGUGACGGUGGACCCGCCGGCAGAGGAGGAUUCCCGGCCGGAGAGAGCAGCAACGAGCGCGACGGCCCGGGGAGGAGCGGCGGAGAGGGGGAGCGGGAGCCGGACCGGGCCACGUUCGAGUGUAACAUUUGUUUGGACACUGCGAGGGACGCUGUCAUCAGUAUGUGCGGCCACUUGUUCUGCUGGCCAUGUCUACACCAGUGGCUGGAGACACGGCCCAGCAGGCAGCAGUGUCCCGUGUGUAAGGCGGGGAUCAGCCGAGACAAGGUGAUCCCCCUGUAUGGGAGGGGCAACAGCAGCCAGGAGGACCCCCGGUUGAAAAUGCCCCCCAGGCCCCAAGGCCAGAGGACGGAGGCGGAGACCAGAGGAGGGCCCUUCCAGGCGUUCGCGGACACCGGCUUCCACAUGUCCUUCGGCAUCGGCGCGUUCCCCUUUGGCUUCUUCACCACCGUGUUCAACACAAACGACCCCUUCCACCGAGCAGACCAGUACGCGGGCGAUCACCAAGGCAACGGUAACGUCAACAACGGCAACAACAACUGGCAGGACUCCCUCUUCCUGUUCGUCGCCAUCUUCUUCUUCUUCUGGCUUCUCAGCGUGUGACGGACGGACGGACGCGCGGAGGGGAAUUCAAGGAGCACACUCGCACACACGCACAAACAUACACACACGCACACAUCGAAAGGAUUUUAAAAGUUUUUCUUCCGAGGAAAACAAGCUCCCCCAGAACUGCUCCUACUCCUUAGAAGACUUUCGCCCCAACAACUUUCGCCCCCGUGUCUUUUGCUUAUGAGGUCUGCCUUUUGAAUCGAGCAACAGAAGGUGUGUCCCCUGAAACGUGUGAGGGUCAGGAAUGGGCUGUGAAUCUGGAAUGGAAUGUGGUUGGAGUCUAGAAUCUUGUGUAAAUCUGCAAAUGUGGUGUUAUUCUGGUAUGUUGUGUCCUCCCUCCCUCCCUCGGUUGCACGCACACACACACACACACACACACACACACACACACACACACACACACACACACACACACACGACGGGUGGCUGUUGGUCGGUACGGGGUCAUGGUUCCGUGCCGCUCUGUGGCGUAAGGCAGUAUUACAUCGUAACAUGAGACCACGUGUGUUUUCAUUGGCCGUGGGGUCUGAGGCGCGGUAGAGCCCUGUAGAACGAGGGUUCGCUCGCCCCAGUUUCGGUUUGUCGGUUUUCUUCGGUCUGUUUGAAAGCGUUUCGUACAAAAGGUUGAUUCCUUUAAAUAGCAAUGAUUCAGUCAAGUAAACAGGGUUGAACUGAGACGAGUCGACUCAUGAUAUAACGCUAAUGUGUAGUUGUUGCCAUGCCAACUUUGUUUUUUUGUUUGUUCCAAAGAGAUCAGAGCGUUAAAUUAUGAAAUAGUUUUUUUUGAUUAGAGUUUAAAGGUUGUCAGUGUCCAGGUUUUCGGAGGCGUUAUUUUUUAUCGUGGAUCUAAACGAUUAAAACGACGAAACAGACCCGAGUGCAGUAGUAGGCCUGGGGACGGACACACACACUUUUUCUAUCUCUAUUUGUCUUAACAAAAAUAACUGCCAUUGCACUGUGAAGUCGUCGACAGACGGUCAUGUUGUCCCUUGGCGGGGGGAGGCAGUUUGGAUCGGUCAGAAUGGAAUUAGAAUCUAAUCGAAACACGAAGCGUAACAUCUCGUAGCAGCACUGGGAGUUGUUCCGCCGCCGUUAAGCCUAUGUGUGCGUCGACUGCUCGUAACAGAAUAAUACGUCGUGUGUUUGUGUUUUUUGCGAACCAUAAAAAAGUGGCGCAGCAGUGUUAACAUUCACAGAUCUGGGAGCGUAUGCCAGGUGACUAACUAAAGACACAGGGCAGGGAACUGAGUGUUCUGGGGUAUAGAGGCACGGAUAGAACACGGUUGGUUCCACCGCCGUAGACCUUGAUCUCAUGGCGGCCAUGUUGGCUGGUCGAGUGGGUGAACCUUCUACACUCUUGCUAGAGUCUAGAAGGUUGCAAUGACGACUCGAUGGAACCGCGUUUCUUAAUGAUGCCUGCGUUGGGGAAUGGAAUGCAGAACGGAGGCUUAUGUGUUGCAUCUUCUUGGUUCCCCCAGCGGUUCUAGUGUUCCCCUCCCAACUCAACAAUGUGGCCGCUCGGUGAAUGCGCAACGCGUUUUUCCUGAUUGUACUAAACUUGCUUUUCCUGAUUGUUUUGUAAAUGUCUGUUCGUCAACGGGUGGACGUGUUAUAUAUAUAUAUAUAUAUAUAUAUAGAUCUAUAGAUGUAUAGAUCUUUAUAUAUAUUAGUAAAUGCCAUUUUUUACGUGUCUCAAUGAACAAAUGCCUUGGGAGAUGUAGAAGAGAAACAGAAUGUGAUGCUAUGCAGCUGGCAUUCAAAAAGGAUAACGAUACGCAAAUGGCAGGUUCCACUUACGCUCUACGUCUGCAGAGUGUCUAAUCCCUGCCGUCACCUGGCAAUAUUAAACAUUAAAAACACUUCCCGCUGUAGUAAUCAACGGGCCCAGCGCUGACUAGCGGUGAGCUCCAGCAGCGAGCGUUUUUUGGAUUCCUACACAUCGGGUGACGCGGACUCAUAAACGGUACGAGGGGCUCGUCCCGGGGUCCCGGCGGGCAAACUCAUUCACAAGGCGGACGGAGGGGGAAGGACAUUCAGAACGGGGAUGAACGAUCGGACUGCUUGAAAGACCCCCAGGUUCCCCGAGAACACGACACAGACCCCCAGAUUCCAGAGCUCUUCGGCUUGAAAGAUAACGUUCUGGCGUCGACACAGUGGACGGCAUCAGCAUUCUAUGUGGCCCGCUACUCUGUGGGCAGGGUCAAAGGUCAGGCCUGUAAAGGGGGGCGGGGGGUUAGACUUGAGGUACCAGGGAUCGUUGUUUUUUUUCUUGGUGUAAAACCACUGUCUGGUCAAGCUGUACAUUUGUAUUCUCCAGCUUUGGAGAGACGGAGGCGUCAGGGAAUCCCUUCGUGUCUUCUACAUAUUGAGUCGUUGUGCGAAACCAAAUGUUCCGGGAGGGACGUGUGGGGACGACGGGCUCCCAGAGUGUGAAUAAAGUAGAUGUUUAAUACUUUA